AAAGAGAUUAGUUCGGCAUAGACAUCGAUAAUAUUAAUAUUAAUUAGCUCUUCUUUUUGCUAGGUGUGUGUGUAAUAAAGGAGCGCUCAUGCUGUAGGAAGUGAGGAGUCUAAGUCUGGAAGUGGAUGAUCUGAGGGAAAGAACGUGACACAUUGAUUGUUCGUACUCGAUGUUGUAGGGGAAUCUUUCGCGUGAGACCAUUUCGUCACGGUUAGUGUCUCUGCAUUAAUCUCAUUAGAACCGAUUCACAUUAAGAAAAUACUGACUAUCAAGAAGAUACUGACUGUAGGAGAUACAACUUAUUAGACCAUACUAGAAAGGGUAAACUACUACUAUUGUAUAUGAUUUUGAGGCCAUUUUCAGGGUAAAAAACUACUUCUACCAAUACUACUAAUAUUACUAGAAAUUAUAAGAAUAACCAUACAACAAGCAAGAAGAUGCCAGUACUCGCGUUGCCCGUUCACUAGAUACGAGCCAGUAGAUUAGUUAUUUAACUGCUUCUAGAUAUAAUACGACGAGAAAGAUGUUGAGAAUGAAAAUGGCAAACGCGAAGAUGUGUGCGUCUUGGGCACACAUCUUUUGCAACCUGUUGAAGAUGGCCGUCGCAUCGUGGAGCUUCAUCCACCUUGGGGGUGUACUUCAGGGCGUGCACGCAGCUGGGCAACUAUUUCAUGUCACAGCGACAUCUUCAACAUCUACAAGCAGUGCCAAGAGUCUUCAAGUAGAAAAUGCGGCUGGUUUUUUCGACAAGGAGACCUACAGUCGUGGGAGUAAAGAUUCAUCUCCUAUGUCGCCAGACCCUAAAAGUGCCUUGACAGGCACCGGGCGCGUCGUUUGGGAAGGCAUCUUCACAUCCGAUGAGGACAUGCUGUCCAACGUGGGAGCUGUCCUUUCUCCUCCGGGAACGGGAAGAAUGGUGUCUCAGAGAAACGCAGAGGCUAUUCGAGAAGCGAUGAAGAAAGGCAGUCAGGAAGUGGAAAGGCCUCAAACAUGUGGUGAAUUUGAAACGAACAUCGAAAAGGUUCCUGGUCCAAGCUCUGGACCCCUUACACCACGACCACGAGCCAGACGCUCAGAAGAUGAAGUAGAACCCUUGCGAGUGGGUGAGUCGACCCAGCAACAAGAAUUUCGGCCGGGUUUUCUUCGUGUGCAAGGUCACCUCCAUGGUGAGACAGCACGCUCAUCCUCUCAGCAGCAAGAACUACAGACACAAACAAGUCGUGCUGUACGGUCACGCCUGUCAACUCCUGGCCUAGCAGCUGUGCCAACUCGUAAAGAAAAAAGUCGCCCUCUCCUGUCCUUUGCCGAACUCCGUCCUCAGAUGUCACUGCUUGUUGGUCCUAAGGAUUGCCCUGCAGACGCACACGCAGAGAACCAAGGAAACGGACAUGAGGAUCUUCAUGAAGAUGGACCACAAGGCCACGCCCUCCAGCAAGAUGUUCAUGAUCUUCAAGAUCAUGCUGGACAAGUAGGACACGGAGGCCUUCAUGUCCAACAAGAUGGUCUACAAGAUUUUGAGACAGUACGUCGCCGGGGGGCUGCUUUGUUUUGCGAUGAUAUGAAACGGCGUUUGGGUCUGGAAGGUCCAGUCCCUGAUCAGGGUCCUGCUCAUCUACCAGGCAAUCCGCAGCGUGCGAUCUUUGCGAGUGACGGAAAAAAUUCGCAUCCUGAUGGUAAGCGAAUGACGUUUGAAGACGCGGUCGCCCUUUCCGGUCAACCGGUUUUCUACGGUCAGCAGUCUUCACCUUUUGCCUCAUCUGGAUCUAGGCCAUGUGCAUCAAGCCCAUUUUCGUCAGCUCCUCCACUACCAUUUGCGUUUGGGUCUAGUCCAUUUGUAUUGACUCCGUUCUCCUCGUCCAGUUCCACUGCUGCCAUUGCAGGAGCUGCCGUAUACGGUCCGACGGAUGCUUCCUUGAGUACAUUGAUGUCUCUCGCAGACCAACAGCAAAAACGUUUUGAAGAAGAACUUCGCUCCUGCAUGUUAGGUCAAGACCAAGCGCCUUACCCUAGUCAAGCACAUGGGGAUCGAUCUUCGAGCAGUUCGAGCGCGCCUUCUAGGAGCCAAGGUCCUCCUGCCGAGCAGGUGGCCUUCGGCUCGGCUGCUCUCUUUGUAGGUCAGGAGAAGCAAAUACGCUGUGAGGAUGAACCUUUCUUGACAACUUUCCUGGGAGGGUAAGUGGUUUUUAAUCAAAUGUAGUGGUGGGCUCUUGAAGCUAGUGGAGACAUUAGGGGAUGUGUUAUCAUGUGAGUUGUUCCACUUAUAUAUAUGGAUGGUUGUAUUGUGGAUAAAAAAAUAGGCCAUGCCAUAACAGGACACACCGCACACAACGAACAGUACACGACGAGCUAUCCAGAGCUGAUACAACUCUUCUUAGUGUUUGUUUUUUUCACAGCAGAACGAAGUUGAUGAUGAAGUGCUUGAGGGGUUCGAUUUUCAAAUUACUGAGCACCAGUCGGUCUUCUACAGGGUCACUACAUCCUACUCGUAGAUAGUAAAAAUGGAAAGCAUGGAAACUAAAUUGUAAUUGAUACUUUGGUGGAACGCAUACGCAGCAUCAAUCACAAGGAACAUCAACAUUGUACAAUAUUUUGUGACUUCUCGACAUCUAUGAUUUUAUGGUAGGGCAAACAUAUUAUAGACUCAUUCAUAAACUUAAUGAACAUGCUUUAUCUAGUACCUUACUGAGUGAAAAAUUCAUGAUAACUCGAUGACAUAACUUUACGUAACCACAUGAAAACGACCGCAUCAUGACAUACAAAGAGGAAGCCAGUAGCAAGAAGUCUUCUGAAGUCGUAAACUUUGCUUUUGGGUGAUGUCGCAAGAGACGGAAAAAAACACUUGGA